AUGGAACACUCCCAUCUGACGCCCUCUGGGCUGCCUGUGCACGAGCCCGGCCAAUCGGAUGCCGAGUUUCGACUCUAUCAUCGACUCUACAUCACUUCCGAACAUUGCCGAUCGUACCCGAAGCUAGCCGAAGCCGUCCGACUCGGUGUUCACAACAAAAAAUACGGGUGUGAAUCCGGAGGCCGCGUGAACAGAUCUGUCUAUGAUGACAACGCUGUGAUACGAGGCUCAUCGGGAUACUCAGCUGAUAUAGUAUAUCGGGGCGAUUGA